AUGUACGCAGCUGGUGCCCUCGCUGGCGACUUCUCCACCGCACGUGAGGAGACGGUCCAGGAUCGCACGGACUAUGCGGUUCGCAUGGCUUUGGAUGCUGCAGACACCGUGCCCGGCGCCGGCGGUCUCACGACGUAUGAGCAACUGGUGAUUGCAGCUCAAGAGGCAGCUUUGGUUGCGACAAGGGCUGGGGGCACCAAGACAGAAGUCUACACUGCCGUGGCCACAGCAUGCCACAAGGUGGCAGAGGUUUACGGCAAGCCAGCUGACGUUCAGGCUGAGUGGUCUGCGAUUUGCGAAGCAACAGUGGCUUGGUAG